AUGUCAGAAAAACAAUUAAAAGAAUUCAAAAAACAGCGCGAAAAUAUAAAACGCCAAUUAACGACCUUUGAAAAACUUUUAGAUUCAGUAACGGACGAAACAAACAUUGAAAAUUUGGAUUUAGAAGAUAGAUUUAAAGAUCUAAUUCUUCCUUUGAAUAAAGAAUUUGAAAAGUGUCAAGAGGGAAUCGAAACUUUAUCAGAAGAAAAUGACGAGACUAUAAAGGCUAAUCAUGAAGAGCGCUCAGCUUUCGAGAACAGAUACUAUUCAAUUCGCGGUAGAGUUAAAACAUUACUAAGACAGAAAUCAUUAGUUCAAGAGGCUUUAAGUAUUACAAAUGUUGCAAUCGAGAAUAAUCUCACACGUAAUGAAGUUUCAUCUAAUGAUUCAUCAGUCGGUACUCCUGAAAAUAAUUCUGUAGAAAGUCAGUCUACUAUAGCACAAAAUAAUACAAUUGCGAUAACUGGGAAUGCUAUCCCAAAUCAUAGACUCAUUAACCGAAAAUUGCCAGAACUAAAAAUACCAACCUUUUCGGGCAGCUUUGACACGCGGCUCGGGUUUUACGACACCUUUAAUUCAAUGAUACACACUGACGAGGCCUUGCCUCAGAUUCAAAAAUUCCAUUAUUUAAAGGGUUGUUUAAUUGGCGAUGCAGCUAAUAUUAUUGCCUCCCUUGAAACAACAAGUGAAAAUUAUAGUGUUGCCUGGGAACUGCUCAAAGCCCGCUAUCACAAUAAAAAAUUCAUAGUAGAUAGUCAUGUUAAGUCUCUGUUUGAAAUCCCUUGCGUAUCAAAAGAAUUUUCGAUGUGCGCCUUGUUUGAUAUGACUCAAAAACACCUUCGAGCACUUCGUGCUCUUUCAGUUGACGUCGAUAAAUGGGACGCUAUUUUGAUUCAUUUAAUUAAAUGGAAAUUGAACAGUUAUCUCAGGGAUAAAUGGGAAGAAGCUAGUUGUGACAAUGAAAUGCCGUUAUUAAAGGACCUUUUAGACUUUUUAGAACGGCGCGCGAAAAUUGAAGAAACUAGGGUAGCUACUGCAAUGAAUUAUAACUCGAAAAAUAUAAAAACAAAGGGCGACUCAAACACGCGUAAUCCAUUCAAGCACGCCCGACAAUCACAAGCUUCGUUUUCAGGAGCCACAAUGGCCUAUCCUUCUAUUUCAAUACUAUCUUUCUCUUUUCAUUGUAAACAACAUAAGUAA